AGUGCGUCAAAGAGCGUCAUGUCGUGAGUUACGUAGACCCUGUGCCUCUAGAGCUAAAGUGAUUUUAUCUCCAACAAAAGCACAGUUUUAUCUGAAAUAAUGGUCUUUUUAACGUGUUUAGUGUCGCUACGAACCGGGGCCCUCUAAACAUGAGUCCCGCCGUGAGUGGGUGAGCUUUUAUCCAGCGGCACCGGUCCAAAAGAGGAGUUUAAUCUACGGAGCUAAGUGCUAAAGCUAACUCAGGUGAAAUGUCAACUCCGUUUAAAAUCCCCCGCAGAGCUCCCUCAGACUCGGACUUGGUGCAGAUGACCUCUCCUCUGUCCAGACUCCAGAGCCCUGCAGACCCAUUGAAGAGCUUUUCCUCGUUCAGAGACAGGACUGUCAGUGGGAACAGCUCAGACAUACACAGAGGAACAAAGUCUCUCAAAGUCCAACUCAAAUCCAGAAUUGGACCCAAAACAACGGAGCCUUUUUCUAACGGGUGGCGUCCUAAGCGAGCCUCAGACCGCUUCCUCUCUCCACUCUCUUCCGUCUCUUCCAUUGAUGUGAAAAAUGACACAAGUUUGGAUUCUCCCUCGAAAAACUCGUCUCUCUCAGACCUGAGCACGCUACGGCCGAUUGCCAUGCUCUCUCUUGACCCUCUGGGGGUGACUCAUGGGAGUUCACCUGCAAACAGGAAGUGCCCCAAGACUCAGGAACUGCCAAAUAAGGAGAAGAGCCACUUCUCCUGGUCCAAAGCCAGCUCUGCUCCUACUCCCUCCACUUCUGAUAAACCUCCACCUGGACCAAAGCAGGUAACAAAGCAGAGCAGCUGGUCGGAGCUCAGCGAUGUCCGAGAGAAACAGAGAGAAAAGUGGAGACAGUUUAAAGAAAAGAAACAAAGCCGGUCUCACAUCAGGACCCAAAGAAUACAGGACCAAAGCCGAACCAGAACCAGGACUAGGGCCAGCUCUGAGCCCAUCGUUCUGUCGAGUGAAGAAGAGGAAGCGGAACAGAGUGACAUCAUCAGGACCAGCCUAUCAGAGGGCUUGGAGCAAACACAGGUGGUCGCUCCCUCGCUCUCCUCCUCUUCUCUUCCACACUCUUCCACUCCUUCUCCAUCAUUCCUGCAGUUGGACUUCUGCUCCUUUCACUUGGGUCUGUCCAGAGCCCAGGCCAACGGUAAAAUCAUGAUCACAGAGAGUGGCAUCACCAUCCCACUUAAAGGUCAUGGUCCCAGUCUCUGUCCCGGUCUUAGUCCUAGUCCUGAUCCUAGGUCGUCGGUGGAGCUGUGUGUCGUGGCAUCUCAGGUCCGAGCGUUCGGUCUUUGGGAUGGGGGCGUGGCCAGGGGCGGGACUCUGUUCAGUGACUACGCCAACUACCCAUCAGGUCCUGCCCCCUCGCUGCUCUUUCUAUGGAUCACCGACGCCCAAUCAAAACUGGUGCAGACUGAGCUGAGCGAGGUCCAAGAACAAGGGACUGACCCUGGCUGCUGUUUGGUUCUGCUGGUGUUGAGGGAGCAGCUCUCAGACUUGGACUCUGCUCUGGUCUUGUCGAUUCUGGAUUCUGGGGACUAUAGAAAGUCCAGGUCUAGACCCGAAUCAGGUCCUUUAGACUGGAGCCAGGGUCUAGUCCUGGUCCACACCUGCCCCUCACCUAUCGAUUCCCACCUGCUCCAACUACUUGGCCAGAAGGAGGCCAAGGACAACCAGAGUUGUGCUGUGCGGAGCACCAGGAGACACCUCAGGUCUGGAGCUCAGCAGCUUCCUUCCAGACUAAUGCAGUACCCCGCGGCGCCCUCUAAAGGUCGUAUCUCUGUGAGUUCUGAGGACGUUCUGUGUCUGAGCCCAGGACAGUUCCUCAACGACGUCAUCAUCGAUUUCUACCUCAAGUACUUGCUGCUGGAAGGUGUAGGUGGCGCUGUGGCUGAGAAGAGCCAUGUCUUCAGCAGUUUCUUUUACAAACAGCUGAGUAAGAGACGAGCGGCUGGAGAGGACGAUGUUGCCUCCGUACCAGAUCGCCACACAAGGCACCAGAGGGUCAGAACCUGGACCAGAAAUGUGGACAUCUUCACCAAAGACUUCCUCUUUGUGCCUGUCAAUCAAGAAGCUCACUGGUUCCUGGUGGUGGUGUGUUUUCCUGGACUGGAGGAGCCCAAACAUGAGGACUUCAAACCCCUCUUAGACACAGUGAGGCAUGGGUUUGGGGUGCGCUCACAGACUCCUCCGGAGUGCACUCUGAAAGGCUGCAGGAAAACCAAGGUCUUAAAACGUCCGUGUCUUCUGGUUAUGGACUCCUUGAAACUCUCAUACCAUGAGACUGUCUGCAGACUGCUGCGAGAUUAUCUGCAGGUGGAGUGGGAGGUGCGUCGUGGGUCUCGGCGUCUAUUUUCCUCAGACUCAGUGAAAAGCUCCAACUGUAAAGUCCCACAACAAGACAACAGCUCUGACUGUGGAGUGUACCUGCUGCAGUACGCCCAGAGCUUCCUACAGAACCCGGUGGUGAAUUUUGACCUCCCUGUGAGACUCGACACCUGGUUUCCACGACAACAAGUCCGAAACAAACGAGAAGAGAUCCGGAGUCUUGUCCUGAGACUUCACCAAGACCAGGGACUAAACCAGGACUAAAGUGGGGAUUAAACCAGGGACUCAAUCACGGACUCAACCAGGACUAAAUCAGGUCUAAAUCAGGUCUAAACCAGGACUAAACCAGGACUGAACCAUCGACUAAACCAGGACUGAAUCAGGACUAAACCAGGACUGUGUGAAUGAAGUCUAGGUAGUAGAUUUUUAUGAAUUUAUUAAUUUAUUAAUAAUAAAUCUGAG